AUGGCGGACAGGUUCCCCUCGCUGGAGGAUUUCGAUUCGGGUGCCCAAACCGAUGUUAAGUCUCCGGGCGCCGGAGCCUCGACCGACGACUUCCUCGCCCGCGAGAAGGCUCUCCUAGGCGACGACGCCGACCAGUUUGCUACCAACAACGAUUCCGCUGCCUUCGAACAAGACGAUGACUUGCUUGGGGGCGGGGACAGUGUUGAAACCAAUCAGCAGCAGUCUACCUUCGAGUCCCAGUUCCCCGACCUGGCGCAGCAAAAUGAGAAUGUUGGUCCUGCGGGCACAGUUACCGGCAGUGGUCCAUCCGUCAACUACAGCUCCGGCUUUCGCACAACUGUCGAGGAUGAGGAAGAGCCUCAAGUGAUCAAGGAGUGGAGGGAAGGGCGAGAUGCCCAAAUCCAGAAGCGCGCUGAACAGUUUGCCGCUCAACGCGAGGAUACUGUGAAAGAGGCCCGCCAGAACAUUGACGAUUUCUACGAGAACUACAACUCGAAGAAGGAAAAAUCUAUCGCCCAGACACGUAAGGAUGCCGAGCAGUUCCUCGCCAAUCGCGAGGAUACCGUUUCUGGCGGCACCAGCUGGGAAAGGAUUGCGAAGCUGGUUGACGUCAGCGGCAAGGGUGCUAAGGGCGGUGCCGCUGGUUCGGGCAAGGAACGCUUCCGAGAGCUACUGACCAGCUUGAAGAAGGACGAGAAGGCUCCAGGAGCCGUUGGCUACUAA